UCCGCUGGCAUGGAGGAGGAGGAGGAGGUGGAGGAGCGAGAGGAGGAGGAGGAGGCGGCGGCGGCGGCGGCGAGCAGUUGAUCAUUGUGAUGGUGGCAGGAGCAGCGGCGGCAGCGGCAGCCCAGCCGAGCGUUAGGGGCUGCUCUCCGCGCGGCGUUUUGCAAAGGACUUCACCGAUCUACUUUUGCAGUCGCCUCGGACUGUCCAUGUGUUUACUUCCCCCAGCCCGAGGAUUCGAUAUCUAGGUUCCUGUGAAAUGCAACUGAGCAGCCAAAGUACUUUGAGAACACGGGGCGGCAUAAACACCAAAACUUUUUUGUGGAAGGAAAAUGCAAUAAGCAAGCUUGCCGUUUUCCGAUGCGGUGUGGAGUGAGUGUGUGUCGCGCGUGUCCGCACUGGAGGCAUAUGCUUGUGUGUGUACAUGGGUUGUGUUUUUCGGUACGUAGGGAGAAAAUGCUUGCCAACCACCGGAAAUCUCUUGGAAUUUAUUAGAAAAUAAUGGAUUAUGAAAAGAAGGCAGGCGAAGAGCGGAUCUUCCCUUGAGUUGCAACCCGAUUUGCUGCUGGCUCAGUUUGUUGUGAUUCUUUUUGUUGAUAGGUGUCUGAUGGUAUUCUGAUAACACCCCCCCCCCUUUUUUCCCCUCGAGCUUUACAGUUUAAAAAAAGGAAACAAAAAACCACCCCAAAAUCUACCCCCCCCUUUUUUUUUCGCCCGGUCGGGAUCGCUGUUUCCAUCCAUGUGCUUGCGUCUCCCCCGCGUUCCACUUAAACUAUUUUAAUCCUUGGACCCAAGGAGGAGGCUGAUAGGGGGUGGAUAAAAAAAGUUCUUCCAAAAUAGUGUGCCCGGGGAGCAGGAUGGGGGAUUUCGCAGCCCCCGCUGCUGCCGCGAAUGGCAGUAGUAUUUGCAUCAACAGUAGCCUGAACAGCAGCCUCGGCGGGGCCGGGAUCGGUGUGAAUAAUACUCCCAAUAGUACUCCCGCUGCUCCGUGUAGCAAUCACCCGGCUGCCGGCUGCGGCACCGGCGGCUCCGGGGGCCCGGGCGGCGGAUCGGCGGCCGUCCCCAAGCACAGCACGGUGGUGGAGCGGCUCCGCCAGCGCAUCGAGGGCUGCCGGCGGCACCACGUCAACUGCGAGAACAGGUACCAGCAGGCUCAGGUGGAGCAGCUGGAGCUGGAGCGCCGGGACACCGUGAACCUCUACCAGCGGACCUUGGAACAGAGGGCCAAGAAAUCGGGCGCCGGCACCGGCAAGCAACAGCACCAGAGCAAACCCCAGCAAGAUGCGGAGGCUGCCUCGGCGGAGCAGAGGAACCACACGCUGAUCAUGCUCCAAGAGACUGUGAAAAGGAAGUUGGAAGGAGCCCGAUCACCACUUAAUGGAGACCAGCAGAAUGGGGCUUGCGAUGGAAGCUUUUCUCCAACUAGCAAGCGGAUACGAAAGGACAUUCCCACGGGGAUGGAAGCCAUCAACAAUUUACCCAACAGCAUACCACUGCCUUCAGCUUCUCCACUUCACCAACUUGACCUGAAGCCUUCUUUGCCCUUGCAGAAUAGCGGGACUCACACUCCUGGGCUUCUGGAAGACCUGAGUAAGAAUGGGAGACUCCCAGAACUUAAACUUCCUGUGAAUGGUUGCAGUGACCUGGAGGACAGCUUCACCAUCUUGCAGAGCAAAGACCUCAAACAAGAACCUCUCGACGACCCUACUUGCAUAGACACAUCAGAAACCUCUCUUUCCAAUCAGAACAAGCUGUUCUCGGACAUUAACCUGAACGAUCAGGAGUGGCAGGAGUUAAUAGAUGAACUGGCCAACACCGUUCCUGAAGACGACAUACAGGACCUGUUCAAUGAAGACUUUGAAGAGAAGAAGGAGCCGGAAUUCUCGCAACCGGCCACAGAGACCCCGCUAUCCCAGGAGAGCGCCAGCGUGAAGAGCGACCCGUCUCACUCUCCUUUCGCUCACGUCUCUCUGGGCUCCCCCCAGGCCAGGCCUUCUUCUUCCGGUCCUCCCUUCUCCACCGUGUCCGCGGCCACCAACUUACCUUCUGUGGCCACCACUCCCGUGGCGCCUAACCCUGCCAGUUCCCCAGCGAACUGUGCGGUCCAGUCCCCUCAAACUCCGAACCCUUCUCACACGCCAGGCCAGGCUCCGUCUCGGCCCGGAAAUGGUUAUCUCCUUAAUCCUGCAGCCGUGCCGGUGGCUGCUGGGGGCUCGGGCCCUGGGGCCAUGCCUGGCUCUGACCUGUCCCCCGCCGAGCAGCUCAAGCAGAUGGCCGCGCAGCAGCAGCAAAGGGCCAAACUCAUGCAGCAGAAGCAGCAGCAGCACUCAAAUCAGACUUCCAGUUGGUCUCCCUUAGGGCCUCCAUCCAGUCCCUACGGAGCAGCUUUCACGGCGGAAAAACCAAAUAGCCCCAUGAUGUACCCCCAAGCCUUUAACAACCAAAAUCCUAUAGUGCCUCCCAUGGCCAACAACCUGCAGAAGACGACAAUGAAUAACUACCUCCCUCAGAAUCACCUGAAUAUGAUCAAUCAGCAGCCAAAUAACAUGGGUACAAACUCCUUAAACAAACAGCACAAUAUUCUGACUUAUGGCAACACUAAGCCUCUGACCCACUUUAAUGCCGACUUGAGUCAGAGGAUGACGCCCCCGAUGGCCAAUCCCAACAAAACCCCCCUCACGCCCUACAUCCAGCAGCAGCCCCCGCAGCCGCAGCCCCCGCAGCAGCCCCCACCUCAGCUCCAGGCCCCCAGGGCACACCUGAGUGAGGACCAGAAACGCGUGCUCCUCAUCAAGCAGAAAGGAGUGAUGAGUCAGCCCAUGGCUUACCCGGCGCUGCCAUCCCACGGUCAGGAGCAGCACCCAGUGGGGCUUCCCCGGAGCACGGGCCCCAUGCAGUCCUCUGUGCCCCCGGGCUCAGGGGGCAUGGUCUCUGGAGCGGGGCCCGCGGGGCCAGGCUUCCUGGGCAGCCAGCCCCAGACAGUCCUCAUGAAGCAGAUGCUCAUUGACCAGCGGGCCCAGCUGAUGGAGCAGCAGAAACAACAGUUCCUGCGGGAGCAGAGGCAGCAGCAGCAGCAACAGCAACAGCAGCAGCAGAUUCUCACGGAGCAGCAGCUGCAGCAGCCACACUUGCCCCGGCAGCACCUGCAGCAGCAGCAGCGGAAUCCAUACCCAGUGCAGCAGGUCGCCCAGUUUCAAGGGUCUCCCCAGGAUAUAGCAGCUGUGAGGAGCCAGGCUGCCCUCCAGAGCAUGCGAACUUCACGGCUGAUGGCACAGAACGCAGGCAUGAUGGGAAUGGGACCCUCCCAGAACCCAGGGACAAUGGCCACAGCGGCCACCCAGUCAGAGAUGGGACUGGCCCCUUACAGCAACACACCCACCAGCCAACCGGGAAUGUACAUGAGCACAGGAAUGACCCAAGUGUUGCAGCACCCAAACCAAAGCGGUAUGAGUAUCACACACAACCAAGCCCAGGGGCCGAGGCAGCCCACCUCGGGGCAAGGGGUUGGGAUGGUGAGUGGGUUUGGUCAGAGCAUGCUGGUGAACUCGCCCAUGACCCAGCAGCGCCAGCAGAUGAAGGUAGGCCAGUCCUUGCCCAGGCCCCAGGGCCCACCGAGGCUGCAAAGCAUCAUGGGAACGGUCCAGCAGGGAAGCCAGAGCUGGCAACAGAGGGGCUUACAGGGGAUGCCUGGGAGGACUAGUGGAGAGUUAGCAUCAUUCAGCAAUGGCGCCAGCUACCCGCUGCAAGCCGGCCAACCGAGGCUGACCAAGCAGCACUUCCCCCAGGGACUGAGCCAGGUGGUGGAUGCGAACACUGGCGGGGUGAGAACACUCAACCCGGCCGCCAUGGGUCGGCAGAUGAUGCCGCCGCUCCCGGGGCAGCAAGGCACCAGCCAGGCCAGGCCCAUGGUCAUGUCGGGCCUGAACCAGGGCGUUCCCGGCAUGCCAGCCUUCAGCCAGCCCCCAGCACAGCCGCCGAUGCCCAGUGCCAGCUUUGCCUCCAGCAGCCAGAGCCAAGGCUACGAGCGGAACCCCCCUCAGGACAUGUCGUACAAUUACAGUGGCGACACAGCCGGGGCGUCCUUCCCCGGCCUCUCGGACGGUGCCGACCUUGUGGACUCCAUCAUCAAAGGUGGACCAGGGGACGAGUGGAUGCAGGAGCUCGAUGAAUUGUUUGGAAACCCCUAGUUAGGAGAGGCCCAGGCCACCACAACUCCAGUGGUUUAAAGCUCCAGCCAUGAAAAAGAAACAGGAUGUCACCGCAUCCUUGUUUUUUUUGUGUUGUUUUUUUGACCCACGUGAUCUGAGCAAAGCUGCAGCCAGCUGACUGUGCAAGAUCCAGGCGCCAAUCCACAGCCCCACCGGGCCCCGUUUCACCUGAUUUUCACACAGCAAUGGAGACAGACGCCCUGAGGAUCCUGCUGCAAGAGAGGGGGACACACCAGAGAUGGGCAGGGAAGAUGAUUCCAGAGCCCUCAGCUUGGCCCUCCCUGUGAUCACCAGGCCCAACAAGAGCCACUCCAGCCAAGACAGACUGCUGCCCAAAGUGAGGUGGCCAUCAGUGCUUCCUGGCCUUGGCCCGGGUCUACAGCUUUGGAGACCCAGAGGGGAGAGAGCCUGGGGCUGAGAGUCCCACGGAGGCUGCUGGGUGGUGAUGCAGGCCAAGAGCACAGGUCAGAUAUGCGCUGAACUCUGGCUGCAGAGAGAUGUCACAGGAAGACAGGAGACCCUACAGGCCUGUAUCCUGUUCACGAUGACCUGCAGGAAUUUUAGAGCUUGGAGAAGGGUCCUGGCAGUCCUGGGCGGGCAGCCCUCUGCUGAUGACCCUGGUGGCUUUUACUUCGGGGAGUUGGCCUGGCGCUUCCUGGGGGCCCGGUACGACCCGAUACAUCUCAGCCGGUCCCAUCUACUCCGGGAGGCCGAGGAUGGGGAGGCCCGGGGUGGACGCUGUGUGUCUGUCAGUGUGGCCACCUUCCCCUCAACUGGUCCCUGCCCCCGUUCCUCCUCACCUCCGCUCCAGCCUGCCUGUGCUGGUCCUUGCAGACUAUCCAAGAAGAAAUGAAGCUUUUGUCUUUAGGGAGCCUGGGCGGAGGGAAAAUAAGAGCAAGAAGAACUUAGACAAUGCCUGAAAUGCAAAGGCCACACUGGAGUUUUUCUUUCUCUGCCUGGAACCGAGCGGGUUGUUCUGCUGCUUGGGGGUGGGUUUCCAUGAGCUGCAUCUGAUGUUUCUGGGACACUAGGGAGGACCAGCCUGGACAUCACUGGCUCUGGUUCCCUUUGGGAAAAUCCCAGGGGUGAUGCUCUUAAAGCAGCCUGACCCUUCAUCCCUGCUCACCGGAAAGACAACUCUCAAGCCCUGAAAGCUGAGGAACUGAAAAACCCAUUGCUCCACUUCACCCAUUUUGGUAAUGAAAAGAGGGAAGGUAUGGUUCCUUUCCUUGGGCAAAGCGAUACCCUCUUGAAGUUCUGUACAGUUGUUCUUUGUGUAAUUCACGCAGAUCUGUCCUAAGUGAAGUCUGUUGGAAGGGAUCCACAAUCUCUGCUGCUGGAGGGCUGGUCUCAUCUGCCGUCCCCUCCCCUCCCACUGGCCUGUUUCGGAGGCCACGGGACAUAGCUCUUGUCCUAAGCGAGUGAGCAUGGCAUAAGCUUUUCUCCUGCCAUCCCUUCCCUCCAUGUCCAAAAGGCAGGCUAGCUUCUGUGCACUCACAUGUCACUUGCCACACCAGAGCCCCGGCCCAGCCUGGGGGGUCACACUGGGGGCAGGUCCUGGGACUGAAGCAGGUAAAAAUGAAGAGCUGGGACAGAGGAUAUAGAGAGGCAGCAGGCAGGCAAGCACUGCCCGGGGCCUGCUCGCCAAGUACCAAGGUCAUAGCUCUCCUUGGCAAGGUGCAGGCUGGAGACCAGAGGGGGCCACAUGGGUGAGGACCCAGGUCAGGGCUGUGGUCCCUGGGGGAAGAGGUGGUGGCAGGCUGACCAUGAACUCCUUGCGUGAGGAGGGCCACCACCAGGGGAGGUCUCGAAUAGAAGCAGAUGAAAACCAAAAACAAGGGAAAGUGAAGAAACGAGAAGACACAGAAAUAUAUAUUUACCUUUUUCUGAAAGGUACAGGAAAUAAAUAUAUAAGCAAUGAUGAGGAACUGGAGGUGGCUGAUGGAGGGGGAGAGGGGCCCUCUGUUCUCUCUUGAACGCUUCCUCCAAAUGCUCAAUACUGGGACCAACUACAUAGAGAGGUAGAUUUUAAUAAGGUGGCUUCGUUUUGUUUUUUGUUUUUACUACGGUGCUGAUGUAUAUGUAAUGUCUAAAAAAAAAGUUAUUUGUAAAUAAGUUUUUACAAUACUACAGAUAUCACUGGGUCUACUAUCUGUAAAAAAAAAUAUACAUAUAAAUAUAUAUAUACUGUUUGUUUAAAAUAGAGUAUUUUUAUUUCAUUCCUUAACUCAUCAUCCCAGCAGUGGUAUUGCACUUCAGAUGAUAUCAAAUUACUAAUUUGUACUGUAUGAUCUAUGGCAACUCCCUCCAUUUGAUUCAGAUUUUUCUAGUUUUCUGGUUUUACUUUGUACAUUGAGCAUUGCUUCUUUCCUUUUGAGAAAUGUACAGAACUCAGAAAUGUAGAAAUGAAGUGAUGUUGGCAUACCACUUUUAAAGAAAAAAAAUAAUAAAAGAUCGUUAUCUGAACCAA